GCGAGGGGGCGGAGCCUCCAUCAGGCCCCACCCCCGACCCCGGCCCACCAACUUGCAGCCCAGCUCUGCUUGAGUGUCCUGGAGGCAGGAACGCUGACCAUGGCCAUGACUCUGGGUUACUGGGACAUCCGAGGGCUGGCUCACGCCAUCCGCCUGCUCCUGGAGUACACAGACUCCAACUACGAGGAGAAGAAGUACACGAUGGGGGACGCUCCCAACUUUGACAGAAGCCAGUGGCUGAAUGAAAAGUUCAAGCUGGGCCUGGACUUCCCCAAUCUGCCCUACCUGAUUGACGGUGCUCACAGGCUCACCCAGAGCAAUGCCAUCCUUCGCUACCUUGCCCGCAAGCACAACCUCUGUGGGGAGACGGAAGAGGAGAAGAUCCGCGUGGACAUGUUGGAGAACGAGGCGAUGGACACGGCCAAUCUGCUGGCAAGGCUCUGCUACAGCCCUGACUUUGAGAAACUGAAGCCUGAGUACUUGAAGGUGAUCCCUGAAAAGAUGAAGCUCUUCUCAGAGUUCCUGGGCAAGGAGUCUUGGUUUGCAGGGGACAAGCUCACCUACGUGGACUUCCUGGCCUACAACGUUCUAGACCUGCACCGCACGUUUGAGCCCAAGUGCCUGGACGCGUUCCCGAACCUGAAGGACUUCGUCGCCCGCAUAGAGGGCCUGGAGAAGAUCGCCGCCUACAUGAAGUCCAGCCGCUUCCUCCCAGCACCUAUUUACACCAAGGUCGCCGUGUGGGGCAACAAGUAGUGCCCGGAAGUGCAGGGCAGGGCCCGGGAGCGAGGAGCACACCGGGACUGGAGAGCAGCUGGGCCUCCCUGAACCCGCGGAACCCGCUGUCUUGUUCUUUUCUCCUUUUCUUUCCUUCACCCCCACUCAGGACCCCCAAUCCCAGGUCACCAGGACUUUAGAGCUCGCCAGCACCCCUUGUUCCGUGAAGGCUUCCUGCACAAAGCCAAUCGGACUGACCGUCCUUUCGGUGAUCGCUCCCGACUGGACCCCUGGCCUGUGGAGCUCAGCCCUGAGCUCCCACCUCUGCUCUGCAGACCAGGACGGCCUGGGGGUGUGCAGGCCCUGAACCCCCCGCAUUGACCCUGCCCAGCUGCUGAGCCUGAUCACACCUGCUGUGUCCUGUCUUAAUCCCUCCUGGCCACCGAGCUCACUCUCCAACAGGCCCUGCUGCGUCCCAGCGUCAGUGGCGGGUCCUUGGGGAUCCUGGGUGAGACGUGUUGUUCCCAUUUCUGACACCGUUGGAGCAGGACACGUCAUGGCUCUCUCUUGUGGAGGCGGUACUACAGGCCACGGAUCACAGAGGGACUUCAAAAGCCGCCUGAGCACUCAUACCCCGAAGCACAUGUGUGUCAGGAUCCAGGUCGGGGCUGGAAUCCGUGGGCCCGGACAGCUGGGGGUCUGCAAGGCCCACACUGCGGCCCUGCGGGGAGUCCCCAGGCUCCUGGCGGAGCUCCCACCCCCGCUCUGAUGCCUCUGCAGCAGCACAGGCGGCUGGUCCCUCAGAGGCCACCUCUUCCCGCUGCACUCCGCCACUGCCCUCAACCCCACGCCCUGUGUGACCACUGUGCUCCCCGUUCUGUUCUCGGCAGCAUCGGGGACACCUCGCAGGUGGGCAGGCCAUUUCUGGGGCUGCGCUCAAUACUCUGCCUCUUUGCAGGGGCUGGUUCUGGAUUUUAACAACUGCGACCAUAAAGCCAAUUGAUUAAUUUUCA